AUGCCCUGGCUGCCGCUCCGCAAAGGGCAAGGUUUCGUUCGCACUCGGCGCGUCUGGGGGAAAGGACCGGGGCAGACUCCCUGCCUGCAGCCCGAGCUCAGCUUCGACUUCCAGGAGUUCAGAGAUGCUGUCAGCACUUUCCUUCCUGACCCUACUGACCUGAUGCCACCUCCACUGAAUGCUGCUGGGUUCAGCUUCCCACUGAGUGAUGGAUCUGUCUUCAGUCCCUGCCUUCAGACUGUGCCAGGUGCCUCCAUCUCGCAGCCCAGCCUACCCGGUGCUGCCCCGGCAGAGCAGUACUGGAAGGAGGUGGCAGACCACAACCAGAGAGCGCUGGGAGAUGCGCUGGUGGAAAACAGCCAGCUCCACGUCACCUUAUCCCAGAAGCAAGAGGAGAUCACAUCCCUGAAGGAGAAGAACGUGCAGCUGAAGGAGUUGGCCAGCCAGGCCAAGCAGCUGGCCUCAGUGCUUAAUAGACUGAUGGUCCAGCAGGCCCAGGAAGCACCAGAUGCUUCCCACCCUAAGGGAUCAGUGAAGAGGAGCCUGGAGGACCUGUUUGCCGCCGGCCAGGAGGGCUGCGAGGGGGUAGACGAGAUCCUGCAGGAGAUCUCAGACAAGUGCCAUGCUGCCCUGCAGACGCUUGAUGAGAGCAAGGAUAUGAAGCGUCUACGGCUCCAGGCUGAGGAGCGCCAGGCCAUCCCUCUGCAUGGAGCCUUCAAUGGGCUGGAGACAUGUUGCAGCCAGAGCUCUGUGAAGCUGGGUGACAGUGAGCUGGAGGAAGGCUUAGCUUUCAGGACCUCCAUCAAGGAGCAUGGCACAAUCCGGACACUGGCAUUCCCUCAGGGCAAUGCUUUCACAAUCAGGACAGCAACCGGGGGCUACAAGUUCAGAUGGGUCCCCAGCUGAACUGGGAAAGGAUCAGCUAACUACACUGGCCAAGCCCCACUGAAGGCUUUGCACU